AUGGGUGACACUGUAAAAGGCGAAUUCGAGUUCCGCCCGUCGGCCAAGGAGCACCGCUCCAAAAGCCCCGGGAUGAUCGGGCGACUGUCGUCGUUCGCUCGGGGUCGUCAUCGGCAUUCGAUGAACGAGAAGGGAUCCGGAAAGGAUCCGGAUGGACGACCGUCAAAGGACAUCAGCCGUGAGCUGCAAAAAUGCCGCGACAACGCCGCCACCAGAUUGGAUCUCAGCCAAAACGAUAUCACGAAUAUCCCGGCGACAAUCCGUGAUCUCAGCCAGCUCACCGAGCUCUUCCUCUACAAAAACAAGCUGACCGCGUUACCCAGCGAGCUCGGCGCGCUCGUCAACCUGAAGAAACUUGGCGUGAGCGAAAAUGCGCUGUGCUCGCUGCCCGACUCGUUGAGCUGCCUCACCCAACUGGAAACGCUCGAUCUGCGGCACAACAAGCUCACCGAGAUCCCGCCGGUCAUCUACCAAAUCGCCUCCCUGGAGACUCUGUGGCUGCGGUAUAACCGGAUAUUGUCUGUGGGAGAGGAAAUCGCAAAAUUGUCCAAAUUAAAGAUGCUGGACCUCCGAGAAAACAAAAUCAAGUGUCUCCCACCUUCGAUCGGUCAGCUCCCCGCCCUAUCCGUGUGUCUGCUCUCUUACAACCACAUAAAAGCGAUUCCAGAAGAGAUUGGAUGUUGCCAACACCUCACCCAACUCGACCUGCAGCACAACGAGCUCGAAUCGCUACCCGAAUCCAUGGGCAAAUUGACGAACCUGGUGCGACUGGGCUUGAGAUACAACCGCCUACGCCAUCUCCCCUCCACUCUCGAUCGUUGCACCCGACUUGAAGAAUUUAUCGUCGAAAACAACCACCUUUCAAAUCUGCCCGACGGAAUGUUGACCUGCCUACCAUCGGUGCGGAUAGUCAACGUAUCCCGAAACGAGUUGAAUGCAUUCCCCGGUGGCGGACCCCAACAAUUUGCCGCUGCCACCACCAUCAACAUGGAACACAACCAGAUCUCAAAGAUCCCGAUCGGCAUCUUUGCCAAGGCUCAGGGUCUCAUGAAGCUGAACCUCAAGGAAAACGAGCUGACUUCUCUUCCGCUGGAUAUGGGCACCUGGACUUCAAUCACUGAGCUCAGCCUCUCGACCAAUCAAUUGAAGGUGCUGCCGGAGGAUGUCGAGAAGCUAGUCAACCUAGAGGUGCUGGUGCUGAGCAACAACCAGCUGCGCAAGCUCCCGUCCCAGAUCGGAAACCUGAAAAAGCUGCGAGAGCUGGACCUCGAGGAGAACGAACUGGACACGAUCCCCAGCGAGAUCGGCUUCCUCACCAACGUCACCAAGCUCUGGGUCCAGUCCAACAAGCUCGUCAAUUUGCCGCGUACCAUUGGAAAUAUGUCAUCGCUGCAGGAUUUGCGAGUCGGCGAGAACAACCUUGCUUCGAUUCCGGAGGAAAUUGGUCACCUGGACAACUUGAAGUCGCUGUACCUCAACGACAACGCCUCCCUGCAUAACCUGCCGUUCGAGCUGGCGCUGUGCAACUCGCUGGAGAUCAUGAGCAUCGAGAACUGCCCGCUCUCCCAAAUCCCACCAGAGAUCACCGCCGGAGGCCCUUCGCUGGUCAUUCAGUACCUCAAAAUGCAAGGACCGUACCGCGGCGUCGUGCUCAACCAA